CGUAUCCGAUGUGUAAGAACGAUUUAAAAUUAGUGUAAGACCUAAUGUUUAUUGUAGUUAAACUCCGUUUGUCGUCAGUGUGAUGUUAGACGUUCAUGGUGCGGUCCCCGAAAUUGUUAUUGCUUACCGUGAAAAAUAUAUUUAAUGAUUAAUUCAUGUGCUUAAAUUUGCAAACAGAAUGAUACUGGAAACAUUAUCGCUCCUUGAGGUCAAGGUGCUACUGCCGCUUUUGGAGUUAUUCUCUGUAGCUAUCGUAUCUCUAUCCUCGUGGAAAUACGGCGCUCCCUUAUACCCACAACACGCCACAGUCAAUGAUGGGCAGAGUUUCGACUUCGUGAUCGUCGGCGCGGGCUCCGCUGGCUGCGUGGUUGCUAACAGACUCACAGAAAUCUCCAACUGGACCGUUCUGCUAGUUGAAGCGGGCGAUGAUCCACCCAGCAUAGCUUACAGCCCUGGUGCCUCAGUGCUGACAUCAACGUACUUGCCAGACUGGGACUAUUACACCGUCGACGAUGGCUUUUCUAGCCAAGCACGAAAGACAAAAAACAUUCGGAUGAACAGAGGCAAAAUGCUUGGAGGCAGUAGCUCACUAAACUACAUGUUUUAUGUGAGAGGGAACAGGUUUGAUUACGAGAGCUGGGCGGCUGCAGGUAAUGAAGAAUGGGAUUGGGAUACGGCCACUAAAUAUUUCAUAAAGAGUGAAAGAUUAAACGAUUUUGGAAUCUUAAACAGUAAGUCGGCUUCACUCCACAAUACUAAAGGAUACCUCGGGGUUACCAGACCUCUGUGGGAAGCUGAGACAGCAGUCUUUUACGAUGCUUUUAAAGAACAAGGUUAUAACAUUCUAGUAGAUACUAAUGGACAUCAACAACUUGGAUAUUCUGCUCCAACCUACACGAUUGACCAAGGAUUCCGUCAGAGUACAGCAUUGGCCUUCUUAGCUCCAAUUAAGGAUAGAAAAAAUCUACAUAUCCUAAAAAAUACUGUAGCGAGAAAGGUUAUCUUCGAUAAUAAAAGGGCAGUGGGUGUUGAACUUAAAACUCCUGAUGGAAUAACAAAUGUCAUUGCUAGAAAGGAAGUAAUUCUGUCUGCAGGAGCAAUAAACAGUCCACAGAUUUUAAUGCUAUCUGGUGUGGGUCCAAAAGAGCAUUUGCAAGAAAUGAAUAUCGACGUUGUGGCCGACUCGCCAAAUGUAGGAGAAAAUCUCCAAGAUCACAUCCUAAUUCCUAUUUUGAUGACAGGAGACGAGAGUAUUUCGUCUAUUGCAAAUAAUCUGAACACCAUAUACCAUUUCGAUAAAUUUCCUGUGCCGGCUAUGGUGGGAUUUGCCGCUAUAAAUAAAUCCCAAACAUACCCCGACUACCAGGUUACGACAGUACCUUUACCGACAGCUUCUAUCCUGCCUACAAUAAUGUGUUCUCAGAUCUUCAUGUUGGACGAUGGAAUUUGUACCGAGAUGGCAACAGCUGGUACAACCAGAGAGACCUUAUUCACUCUUCUAACAUACUUACACCCUGAGUCAAGAGGCAAGAUUAAACUGAAGAGUUCAAAUCCUGACGAUAACCCUCUGAUACACACCGGCUAUUAUUCCAAAGAGAGUGAUUUGGAUAAAUUUGCAAAAUGCGUUGAAGACUUCAUUACUGUGACCAAUACUUCGUACUUUAGAAGCGUCAAUUCUGAAGUAGUCGAUUUGGGAGUUAGGCAAUGCGAUAAUUUUGUGUUUGGAAGCCAUGGUUACUGGAUGUGCUAUGUAUUGAACGUAGCUGGUACCCAGUAUCACCCAGUAGGCACUUGCGCUAUGGGCCUAGAAGGGGUAGUGGAUGCAAGAUUAAAAGUUAGGGGGGUGAGUAACUUAAGGGUGGUGGAUGCGAGUGUAAUGCCUAGUAUUACAAGUGGCAAUAUAAACGCCCCUGUUAUAAUGAUAGCGGAAAAGGCAUCAGACAUGAUCAAAGUUGAUAACGGAGUACUUAAAAGUUGAUUGCAACUGUAACAAUAAUUUUAUGUUGUAGUCAUUUUCUUAUAAUAAUUUAUUAUUUAUUAACCAUUACCUUUUUUGACGGUAAAUGACUUCUAUCUUAAUAUGGUGUCAGGAGUAUGUUGCUUUAUGUUUAUAUAUUUUGGUAUAGAUAUAUAACUAAUAUAGUACAAAAACAACUACAAUAGUGUACAAAGAAUAACUUUAUUUUUGGACAUAGAAUUCGUACAAUUUAUUCUUCUAAGAAAUAUUUAAAUGCUGAUAUUGCCCGAAACGCCGGCGUGACGUCACGUACAGCGCGCGCGCGCAUCUUUACUACUAGCUGACAUAACGUGACACGUAUAUAAGUGGAUAUCAAUAUAGAUCUUCAUUGACAGGCCGACGUGUAUUUUCAACCAAUUCGUUACCAGAGUUACAAACAAAUAUAUUUUUAACGAUAUCUUAAUAAAAACUGGUGCACAGCAGUGAAGCAUUAAAAUCAAUAUUCAAUAUUUGAGGGGAGAUUAAAAAUAAACAUCAAUGAUUAAACUAACAGUGUUCAUACAUGAGCAAAUUGAUGUUUAUUAUAUACCAAUAGAAUUUAUAAAUAUUUUUAUACAAAUUAGAAAUUCGUUAACACGCGGAUUGCGGUGCAAAACAAUGCAUCAAACAUGAUAAACCACUGUUGUGGCUUACCGAAUUUUUUGCGCUCUUAAACUCAUAGCAAAACCGAAAGCUAGUCUAACUUUACACGCCUAGGGUGUAAAAAUAAGCGCUACAUGUGUGUGGCGGAAAACACAACUGCUAUGUCAUGGAAAUUUCGCGUCAGCUACACAAAUCACACCGUAUGUGACACUGCGCUACUGUAGCGCCCAUUUUUACACACGUGACGUGUGCGCCCGCAUCUUUGUAAUUUUUAAACACGUCUGAAUAAGUCACUUAAAAUACUAGUGUAAUUGUUGAUACCUGCAUUUUGCAACACCCGUAUAAAACUUAGUUGAUCACCUCUCGAAAUCCAUAAUAUGCCGAUUAACUGCCAGAUUUUCCCGUGUUUAAAUAAAAUACACAGUAAAAUGAUAUUUUUGAUCUUAUAUUUCGGUUAUUGUCAAAAUAAUGCAAUACUCAUUCUGGUAUGUAAACCAUUGAAAUGAAGUAUAUUUUUUCUUAUAAAAGCCCAUUUCGUACCACGUCGGCCUUUCAAUGAGUAAUACAAAAAAAAUACAGAGCUGUGGAAUGCAGUCUUCAGGUAAAUAAUAUAUUGUAAUUACAAUAUUUAUAUCGAAAGUCUAAAAUGAUACAUAAAGUAGAAAUUCUGUAAAUUUACAAAGGUAUAUUUAGAGAAAUGCAUAACACAAUGAUUGCCCCCCUUCAAACACGUGUCGUGAUGUAAUCGUAUCGUUCGCAUAUAUUUUUUUGAACUACGGGAUUGUCGAAUAAAAACUACGACAAGCGAUACUUCUAAAACGAUGUCGUAUAAGGAUAUUUAGAGAAAUGUAUGUAUGGGUUUGUAACGUACAGCCAUCGAAAUAUACUACUUUUGGAGUCAAUUCAUAUCAGCGGAGAGUAGAGACAACGAAUCAUCAAUAUAUAAUUUCAUAUAGUGAACUCAACCUUAUCACCACAAUAUAACGUGCAUAUUAUUUUUAUUCUGAUAAAAAAGAGUCUCGCGAAUUCGGACACAUUCUAGAAAAUACACGCGAAUUCGUGAGACGAGAAAUUAUUAUGGCUGAUAUAAGUUGACCCUUACAAUACGUUUCUAUCACGACUCGUGUACGAAGCUUCUUAGACAGGCUACGAGCUGUUAGCACGUUACAGUGCGUGCUUGUAUUUUUUUUUCAACUGAAUGACGUAACGAGCAAAUGGGUCUCAUGAUGUCAAGCGAAUACUUAAUAAACAGUAGCAAAACAUUAAAUUACAAAUCGCGUGAAACGCUCCUGCGCUUAUUUCUCCAAUACCCACAAAUAUAACUGAUUGUUGUCUGAAAUUCGCAAAGGUGAUGUAUGCUUAGAAUAUCACAAAAACACACGAUACGACUAUGUGUCGUUUUUUGGGAUUGGUUGAGACUAAACAUGUACCUGAAGAUCUUUAGAUCAAUCACAAACAUCAAAA